GGAAGCCAGUAUCUAACAGCUCUCCAAGCCUCACACCACCACUUAGCACUGUCCUUACACAACUGCAGUGGCUCCUGCUAUGGGGACAGCUCCUGCACCAUGGAUCAUUCUGACAGCAGUAUUCCUAUGGAUGGCUGUACCUGUAGAAAGCAAGGUAUAUUACGUAUGUGGAGCUGUCUUGGACUCUACAGAAAAGGGCCUCAUUCUGUCCCCAGGUUUCCCUAAUAACUACCUCUCUGGAUUUCACUGUGUCUGGCAGUUUUUUAUCCCUACGGGAUCCCGCUUAGUGAUAGAAACACUGGAUUUUGAUGUAUAUGGGAAUGCAAGUGACGAUGGCCUUCCACUUCUUGCUUCUUCUGGCUUCACCACACUUACUACAGAUACAAAGGCCAGUAACGAUGCGGUUUACACAGAGGCUUCUGUGGUGGAUAUCUCUGAAAGUGCAAUACAUCUGAAAACAACAGUACACGCUGCCUUCCCAAAUGAAAUUAACAAAGAAAUAGUUAUACCUAAAGAGAGGUGGGAUAGAACUGAUCAGGGAGAAAAACCAGUAAGAGCCUUCCAAAGUUUAACAGCGGAAAAAGCCAACCUUAAUGAAGGAGCAGGUACAUUACAGAAAGGAGACAUUUUAACAUCCUCAAAAAGUGAUGGCAGUCUGGGAAAAGAAUCCAACAAGCUCUUGGAUAUCCCAAAUCCCUUCACUGGUAAAAUGACGGAACACUUUGAAGGUUACUGGCAAGAGCAGAAUAAGGGUGCAACUUCAUCAUCCAUAGUGUUGGGUGAUGGAAGUGACCAGACCACUUCUCCUCCACUUGUUGAUGUCUGCCCUCACGACGUUCUGUACAUCUCUGACCUUAUCACUUUCUCCACGCAGUUUUGUGGCUCCAACACUCCACUAAAUAAAGUUUUGGUCUUCGGAUCAAAUGUGGAGAUGGUGGAAGUAAUUAUGGAACUAAUAACCACCACUGACCGUGGCAGAGGUUUUGCAGUACUAUUCAGCUACCAGAACCAGACCUCUGUGACGGCGAUGGGCGUCAUGGAGAGGCAGAGUAAAGAAGACAUCAUACUCUUGGCUGUGACAUCUGCUACUAUAUCCUUUGCUUUGGUUCUGCUGCUUGUACUGUGCUUGUCUUAUCGACAGAAGAUGUGUCCCAAGAGAGAUCACAGUAUUGAACAAGUGACCCCACAUCUGAGUGGAGCUCAAAAUGCAGCCUUGGAUGUCAGUGAGCUACAGCAAGUAGUACCGGGAGAAGAUCUGAUUAGGGAACAGGAACCGGACAGUCGGGAGGAAAAAGCUGCAGACCUAUCUAAACAAACUUUGCAGGAGGAUCCCUCCUCUUCUAUUGCCACUGUUACAAGUGAUGAUGUUUUUGUGAUCUCAGACCGCAAUAACCGAGAGAAUUUCAGCUUUACCAACUACCCAAAGCAAUGCAUUCUCAAGAGGAGUGUCACCAGCCCAGCCUCCGUAUCAGACUGGCUGAACUGGGAUUACACCAGCGUGGAGCUCGGUACAGAUGACACGGGGAGUGAAAGUAUGGAAGCGGAUCCGGCCAGGCAAAGGACCUGGAGCAUUCGGACCUUUAACAGUCUGCUGCCACCAAUGCCACAACUGCAGGUGAAAUGGAGCAACAGGUUAUCCAGUGGUUCCUUCACCAAGCUUGUUGACAGUGGCUCUGCUGUACCACCCAAGAUUUUGAGUCCUAGAAACCACAGACGAGCCUGUUCUGCUGUGCAAAUAAAGGGCAGUUCCAGUCCUUUAUAUUCCGAGUCUUCAGAUAGUAAUGCUUCUUAUCCCCUCACCCGCUCUGCGCAGCUCACCCGUAAGCUUCCACCCUGCAACCUAAAGAGGACCCGACCUUAUUUUGGCUUUCUUAAUGGCUCAUCUGAUAGUCCCCGAUCUUCUGCUGUGAGGACAAGCAGCUCUAGGGAAAACCAGAUGUGUCAAAAUUCUGGCAUGGAAUUUGCGGGCACUGCCAAAAGUGCUAUGUCCAAUAUACUUCGAGCCAAAGAGCUCUCUGUGGAUGUGGAGAAACCAAAGGCUGUUUUUGUCAUUUGUGAGGAGGCGGAUGACCAACAGCCUCUAGUAUUAGAUGACCAGCUGAGCCCCAGCAGGGAAAUGUUCUGUGUUAAUGAGAUCGGCUCCAGUAGCUGUAAGGAGGAGGUCCAACCAGUUGGACUCAGAAGUAAUCAUUCUGACUUAAAUCCCUGGGUGAAGACACCAGAAGACUACCAGUAUCCGUACACAAAGAAAAUGCCUUUGUACAGCUUGGAUGAGAAUCAAAGUAAUUUAUGUGUGGCACGUAAUUCCAGACAUGAUUCUGAACUGGAUGGAAAAUCUUUAUUAGCCCAAAUGGGGUUACCUACAGACUGAGUCUGCUUGGGAAACACACUCUGUUUAAAUGCCACCCUGCAGUUUAUUCCAAGGACUUGGCCUACCAUAUGGCAGCUGAUUAGUACUCUUGAGAAAAAAUACAUUAUUUUUAGCCAGCAACUAAUUCUGCAUUCACAUAAUCCCGCCUCUUGCUGAAAGCUUGGGGGGAAAAAGUGCCAAAUAUUUCAUAUAAAAGGUAAAUCACAGAAAAGCCUUAACGUGCAUAUUUGCAUAUUUAGUGGAAAUCCACAAUCCCUUUCUAUGACUUUCAGGUGGCAGUUGGUUAACGUGGAACAAUGUCAUGAUAGACAGUUAUGGAAUCAUUUUUCUUCUUAAACACUUCGAAUGAGCAACAGAAGUCUUAUCAAAGGUUGUACAUGACGGUUUUAUUUCUCUGCUCCAUGAUAAUUUUCUUGCAACGGUUUAAGCAAACUGUGGGUUGAAGCACCAUAACCAUGAGCAGGGUGGCUUUGAAAUUAAUUUAAUUUGGUUACAGCAAAAACGCACAUCACAAUGGUGUUUAGAUUAUUAUUAUUCACACAAUUUUUCUUGGAUUGGGAUGAAGCCAGCUAUCCUAGAGCUUUUUUUCCUACUUUUCUCUUUACACAGUAUUGAGUAUGAUUAUUAGAAGAUAACUUGAAUAUAUUGACACGAAUCUGAUCACUAUGUUUAAGGUAACAUCCUGAUUAAAAUUUACGUUUUGUUGUAGAAUUUAAAGUAAGAAUGUUCACACAUUUCUUUCCCUCUUGUUUUAUGAGUGUCUCUAUUAAACGCACAAGUCACUAACUAUCAAGCACAAAGGAGCUAAAUAUUCUAUGACUUGGCAUGUGCUAAAGGCUUACAACGUUUAGCUGUGUACUAAGGAUUCAAAUUUGUUUGGGACUCACUCUGUAUUUCUUCUGUUAAUUAAUAUUUUGUUUGUGUCACUACUUUGUAUAAGCACUCAUCACAUCCUCUAUAAAUUCACUAUUCAUUUCUUGCUAAAAAUCCAGAAAGUCCAAAGGGAUCCUGUUUGCAAUUGUUUUUGCCAAGUUCAAUAUAAAAUUUAAUUCCAAAGCCAACACUGACACCAGUCACUCUAAUAGGAAAGGCAGGCUGACCUUAAUGCAUGAGACAUUAGUCACUAAACACUUAAAACCAAACUUACAGAAGAGCCAAGUUAGCAUUACAGCUGUCUUGGAUACAUUUUUCCAAUUUGGGUAUCCUGGCUUUAGUUUGCAAUUUUAAUAGAAUGAAUUUACAGUUUAGUGGUUACUGUAUGAGUAUGAAAUGGCUUGAUUUUCAAUCAGAUCUGUCACUCAGGAGGAAAGGACCGUACUAGACCCCUAAAGCACUUUUUUUAAACCUUCUAAAAAAAAAGUGCAGAUUUCAAAUGAAAUCGGCACAUUUUAUAACUUAACCUUGUUACACCCCCUUGACUGUCAGACAACCGGUUCUGUUACUUCCUGGUUUGCUCAGUGGAGCUAAACUCAAGAGGCAGCAAUUGCUCAGAGCACCUGCCUUGCAAAGACUUCAGACUAGAUCUGCAAAUUUUAGAAGCUGUUUUUAGAUACACCCAAUUAAAAAAUGCAUAAUUACAUACAUGUUUUUAUUGGAGGUAUAUCUACUAAAGUGACUCUUUUUGGAAGUGGAGAGUCCCUUUAAUUUCAUCAUCAAAGCUGAAAUGGACCUUUCUUCUAACAUUAACAUAAUUGGAAACAUUUUCCAGCUGCAUGACAUGCAAGCUUGACUCUUUCAGUCUAUUUUGACAUUGUUUAACGUAACCCACCAAGUACCAUAACCACUACAGCGUGCUGUAAUUGUUAUGGUGCCAGGCGCACUCUACCAAUGUAAAAUGUCACACUGUUUCAGAAGGGAUCAACAUCUUCCCAGGGAUCCACCGGGCAAUUAUCCUUUUGGAAAGCUGGAGGAUCAUGCUCAGGAGGUUCUGAUAACUUAAGCUGUGCAGACAAAGAUAGCUGAUUGCUCCAAGCAAAAACGCCAAGUCUUGCAUUGCCAGAGCUCUUCAUCUGCCUCCGGGCCAGCAAGUGGAGGAGGUUGUAGGACCUGGAAGAGUUCAGCUAACAAGUGAAACAGUUUGAGUAAUUACAGUGGUGGGGGAACCAGAGCACUUCU